AUGGACGCAAAAGCACACCACGGAGAAGCCGUGUCUGAAGUUGAGAGACCCCAUCAAAGCGCCAUUGAUAUGUACCACCUAGCUGCGCUUCCCACAAAGGGCGCGGUGACGCCAGGGUUGGGGGAUGAUGACGUCAGACUGGCGGGGGCGACCCUUUUUGGCAAGCCACAAGGAAAGGAGUUGAGCGGUUUCCAGGAGCCAAGUCCUUAUGAGGCGGCGCUCAUUCCUCUCAAGCAAGCAAAUCUCCACCCCAUCCGUCUCCUUUUCCAUCUGGGAGCCAGCUCCAUCAAAAUGGUCUUCCAAAGCGUAUCGUUUUGGGGGCUCAUAGCCGCUCACCUGCUUCUGCUGGUGUUCUACUAUAAGGUCUCCAACCAGCACAGCAAGGUUGACACCGCAACGGCGGACGGUUACCCGUGGCCGUUUAUAAGGUCGUCGACUUAUGCGGGGUACUUGGGGUCCUUGGUGUCGUUCUGCCUCGUCUUCCAGACCACCCAAAGCUACAACAGGUUCUUCCAGCAAUACACCGCGUGCUGCGAGAUCCUCUCCUCGAGCUCGGCCUUUGCGAUGGGCAUCCGUACGCAUUUUCCGGACGGCGCUUUCCCCGACGCGGCCGCGGUCCGAACGCGCCUCCAAAAGUAUCUCAUGGCGCAGCUCUACUUGGGCUUCACGUGGCUUCCGCAUUACAAGGCGAAUAACUUGCACGAGUGGGCGUUUGGCCACGUCAGCAAGAUGGGCUUAUUGCUGCCGGAAGAGGAGGGCAAGCUGCUGGCGCUUCCCCACAGCGCCGUCUUGUAUCUUGAGAUCGAGCUUUUGAUCGAAGAUUUGUUAUUCCGGGAGUUUGCAAGAGGCCAUAUCUCGGAGCGUUCCCACGACUACCUGGCGCAGUUCAAGGGCUCCAUGAUGAACAACUUUGACCUCAUCUACAAUCUCGCCGCGAUGCCGGUGCCUUUCGCCUUCUACCAACUUCUCAACGUCAUGGCCAUCGGUUACCUGGCGCUGCUCUGCUAUACCUACAUCUCCCUGUCCUACUUCUACAGCCUCGUUCCCUUCGCCCUCACCGCUCUAGUUACCCUCGGACUGCGCGAGCUGUCCAACGCGCUCGCGGACCCUUUCGGCGCGGACGAAACGGACAUCCCCAUUCUGGACAAAGUCGCGGCGUUCCACGGAUUCUGCGAGCGGGUCGUAGCUGCCGAGCCCUCCAGCUUUGAGUUCAAACCCGCAAAGUAA